ACUCACUUUUGACGACCUGAUGAUCAUUCCAGACUUUCUAUUGAGAGAUAAAAGGCUGGUUGAAUGAGUUGUCUAUGAAAGCUACUUCAUCUGUAAGAAAACAGGCGUCUGCACCAGUGACUGGGUCAGUGCUCUAAAAUGAGUCUCUCUGGGGAGAGAAAGGAGGGUGGCCCUGCCUCUAAAAUGAGUCUCUCUGGGGAGAGAGAGGAGGGUGGCCCUGCCUCUAAAAUGAGUCUCUCUGGGGAACAUGACACCAAAGCUAAGAGCCCAAUCAAGCAGGAGAGACCAGCCUCCCCUGUUCCCAGCUGUGUGUCCAUGAAGAGUGACCAGUCUAUGCGUGAACCUAUAAACUUUAGAGAGGGAGACUUUUCUACUGAACAAAGCCCAAUCAAGCAGGAGAGACCAGCCUCCCCUGUUCCCAGCUGUGUGUCCAUGAAGAGUGACCGGUCUAUGGAACCUCCUAUAGUGUUUAGAGAGGGAGACUUUUCUACUGAACAAAGAAACCAACAGGAGAGAUCAGAGUCAGAGAUUCUCAGUGGUCAGUCUUCCCAGAGUCAUCAAACAGACCUGGCCUCCAUAUUCAGUAUGCUUGAAGAGAAAAUUAUGACAUUUGUGAAGAACGAGCUGAAGAUAUUCAAGAGGAUUCUUAGUCCAGAACUCCCAGAAGGCUUUGAGAGUCAGAAGCAGGAAGUGGUGGAUGCUGAAUAUGAGAAGCAGGAGAGCAGUGCCAGAGAGGGGGCUCUGAAGAUCACACUGCACAUCCUGAGGAAAAUGAACCAGAAGGAGCUUGCUGACACACUGGAGAAAUAUGAGCUUGCUGUGAUUUGCCAACGUGAACUUAAAUCUAAUCUAAAGAAGAAGUUUCAAUGUGUAUUUGAGGGGAUCGCUAAACAAGGAAACCCAACACUUCUCAAUAAGAUCUACACAGAGCUCUACAUCACAGAGGGUGGAACAGGAGAGGUCAAUAAUGAACAUGAGCUGAGACAGAUUGAGACAACAACCAGGAAACAAGCAAGACCAGAGACUCCAAUCAAAUGUAACGACAUCUUCAAACCCUUAACUGGACAAGAUAAACCUAUCAGAACUGUGCUGACAAAGGGAGUCGCUGGCAUUGGAAAAACAGUCUCUGUGCAGAAGUUCAUUCUGGACUGGGCUGAAGGAAAAGCAAAUCAGGAUGUCCAAUUUGUGUUUUCAUUCCCUUUCCGGGAGCUGAAUUUGAUGAAAGGGGACAAACACACUUUCAUUAAACUUCUCAAUCACUUCUCAAUGGAAACCAAAGAAUCAAGAAUCUCCAACUACGACAAGUACAAAGUUGUGUUCAUCUUUGAUGGUCUGGAUGAGUGCCGACUGCCCCUAGACUUCCAGAAGAACAAGAUCUGUUGUGACGUCACAGAGUCAACCUCAGUGGAUGUUCUGCUGACAAAUCUCAUCAAGGGAAAUCUGCUUCCCUCUGCUCUCCUCUGGAUAACUACCCGACCUGCAGCAGCCAAUAAGAUUCCUUCAGGGUGUGUUGACCAGGUGACAGAGGUACGAGGGUUCAAUGACCCACAGAAGGAGGAGUACUUCAGGAAGAGAUUCAGUGAUGAGGACCUGGCCAGCAGAAUCAUCUCACACAUAAAGACAUCAAGGAGCCUCCACAUCAUGUGCCACAUUCCAGUCUUCUGUUGGAUUUCUGCUAUAGUCCUUGAACACAUGCUGGAACAUAAGAGAGAAGAGAUGCCCAAGACUCUGACUGAGAUGUACACACACCUUGUGGUGUUUCAUACCAAACAGAAGAAUGAAAAGUAUCUUGGGAAAGAAGAGACAGGUCCACACAGGAAUAAAGAGAGCAUUCUGUCACUGGGAAAACUGGCUUUUCAGCAGCUUGUGAAGGGCAAUCUGAUUUUCUAUGAAGAAGACCUGAAAGAGGCUGGAAUUGAUGUUAAUGAAGCCUCAGUGUACUCAGGAUUGUGCACACAGCUCUUUAAAGAGGAAUGUGGGCUGUGCCAGGACAAGGUGUACUGCUUUGUUCAUCUGAGCAUUCAGGAGUUUCUGGCUGCUGUAUAUGUGUUCCUCUCAUUCAUCAACAACAAUGAGAAUCUAAUGGCCGAACCGCAAACAAAGUCCAGCAUCUUUGCUUCGCUGUUCAGAGACAAGCCUGAAGUUACUGUCUUCAAGAGUGCUGUGGAUAAAGCCUUACAAAGUGAGACGGGAAACCUGGACCUUUUCCUCCGCUUCCUUCUGGGCCUCUCACUGGAGUCCAAUCAGAAGCACUUACGAGGUCUACUGACAAAGACAAGAAGCAGCUCACAGAGCCAUGAAGAAACAGUCAAGUACAUCAAGGAGAAGAUCAGGGAGACCUCUCCAGAGAGGAGCAUCAAUCUGUUCCACUGUCUGAAUGAACUGAAUGACCAUUCUCUAGUGGAGGAGAUCCAAAGAUACCUGAGAUCAGGAAGUCUCUCAAAACCCAAACUGUCACCUGCACAGUGGUCAGCUCUGGUCUUUGUGUUGCUGACUUCAGAAAAGGAGCUGGAUGUGUUUGACCUGAAGAAAUACUCCAGAUCAGAGGAAGGUCUUCUGAGGCUGCUGCCAGUGGUCAAAGCCUCCAGAGAUGUUCUGUUGUCAGGCUGUGGAGUCACAGAGAAAGGCUGUGCUUCUCUGGUCUCAGCUCUGGAGUCAAACCCCUCACACCUGAGAGAGCUGGACCUGAGUAACAAUGACCUGAAGGAUUCAGGAGUGAAGCUGCUCUCUGCUGGACUGGGGAAUCCCCACUGUAAACUGGAGACUCUGAGGUUGUCAGGCUGUCUAGUCACAGAGGAAGGCUGUGCUUCUCUGGUCUCAGCUCUGAAGUCAAACCCCUCACACCUGAGAGAGCUGGACCUGAGUAACAAUGACCUGAAGGAUUCAGGAGUGGAGCUGCUCUCUGCUGGACUGGGGAAUUCCCACUGUAAACUGGAGACUCUGAGGCUGUCAGGCUGUGGAGUCACAGAGGAAGGCUGUGCUUCUCUGGUCUCAGCUCUGAGGUCAAACCCCUCACACCUGAGAGAGCUGGAUCUGAGUAACAAUGACCUGAAGGAUUCAGGAGUGAAGCUGCUCUCUGCUGGACUGGGGAAUUCCCACUGUAAACUGGAGACUCUGAGGCUGUCAGGCUGUGGAGUCACAGAGGAAGGCUGUGCUUCUCUGGUCUCAGCUCUGGAGUCAAACGACUCACACCUGAGAGAGCUGGAUCUGAGUAACAAUGACCUGAAGGAUUCAGGAGUGAAGCUGCUCUCUGCUGGACUGGGGAAUUCCCACUGUAAACUGGAGACUCUGAGGCUGUCAGGCUGUCUAGUCACAGAGGAAGGCUGUGCUUCUCUGGUCUCAGCUCUGGAGUCAAACCCCUCACACCUGAGAGAGCUGGACCUGAGUAACAAUGACCUGAAGGAUUCAGGAGUGAAGCUGCUCUCUGCUGGACUGGGGAAUUCCCACUGUAAACUGGAGACUCUGAGGUCAGUAUUCCUGUAG